ACAAUCACUUGAAUAAUUAGUAGCAAUUAAUUGUUCCAUUGGAUAUUUUUUUUGGAUCAGUUUGUUAAUCUGAUUGUGAUUUAUCUGUUGCUCUAAAGUUUGUGGGGAAAAGAAUAAUAUUUAAAGUGGAAAAAAGUGUUUUAAAUUAUCAAUCGUUUUGGUUUGUUUUUUUGUUUUCUUCUUCUUGUUUUGAAUGAUGGAAGGACCAACAAUUAAAUUCAAAAGUAUUAAGAAAAAGCCUUUAAGGACUAAAAUUGCUGAUGAAGGUGAAGAUGAUGGUGUUGUUGAUGAUACCAGAGAAUCAACGGAUAAUAAAAAGGAUAAUGGUGAAGGUGACGACGAAUGGGAUAAAUUGGAAGAAUUGAAAUUAUCAAGAUCAUUAAAGAGAAGAUACAACAAAGGGAUUAAUGCAAUGGAUCUUUUAACAAUCAGCAGUCAGGAGACUCAAGAAGCUAAAGUAAAAGCUGAACAUUAUGCUGGAUUAAUGACAUCACUUGAUUUGGCUAAUAUAUUUUCAGUGGAAACAAAUCGUCGAGAUGAAGAUCAAGAUAUGUUAAAAUACAUUGAGGAGCAAUUGGCUGAAAGAAAAGGCCUGGUAAAGAUGGAUAAAAAUGAAACAAAACGCGAACUAAUUGACCCAGAUGAUUUAGUAUUUAAUGAAUUACGGGAAAAUUUAUUAAAAGAUGAACAGAAAAAGAAUGAGGAAAUGUUAUCAAGUCAAAUGCUCAGUGGAAUACCUGAAGUUGAUUUAGGUAUUGAUGAGAAGAUUCGUAAUAUUGAAGCAACUGAAGAAGCCAAGAUCAAAUUAAUGGAAAGAAAGUUAAACCAUCGUUCAACCAGUCGAGAUUCAACCUUAGUACCAACCAAUGUGGCCGCUAAUUAUGUUCAACAUAAUCGUUUCAAUGUUGAUACCUCAGAUCACAAUAAUAAAAGACCAAAAAUAACCAAUAAGCCUGUUACUACUUUGGUUAAAGAACCUGUUGUCCAGAUUGGAGAUGAACCUAAACAAGGUUACUUUCGUACCAAUUCGGGUCAAAAUAAAUCAAAGCUCAAGUUCCCUGGUAAAGAGAAAGCUACUGAUGAUUAUCAUUUUGAAAAGUUCAAAAAACAGUUCAGAAAAUGAAAGCUUUUCAUCCUCAUCAUUAUAAUAUGAUCAUCACAAGACCAGCGAAUAUCUUAAUCAAUGAAGAAAAGUAUCAAAAGAAAAAAGGAGAAACUGUGUCAGUAGUUUCUAUAUUUUUUACUACCAAUCAUCAUUAAUAUUUGAAAUUCGUAUCAAUAUCAAUCUUUAUAUUUCAAUUGACCAUUACACUUAUCAUCCCCAUUAAUCGUGAAGGUUAACCCAUCAGGAAUCAAUUUCAAUUAUAAUAUAUAAGACCAAAAAUCAGUUGAUUCAUUGAUUAACCUUACAACUAGUAUUUUGGUAAAGCAGCAACAAACAAUACAAUUGAUUUAAUUUUAUCUGUAAAUUGAUGAUCUCAUAUUCAUAAAUUGAUUGUAAUCAGAUUGAUUUUUCCUUCUGCUAAUCAACCAUUUGAUUAUCGGUUGAUCCAUUAUUGUAAAUCAGCACUUUCAUAUGUAAAAAAAAAAUGAUAACAUUUCCUUGCAAAUUAUACUUGACCUAAUCUAAACAAUCAACAAUUUAAAUUGGUUGAUUUAUUUAUAUAUAUUUACAUGAUUACAUCUUAAUGAAAAGAUUGUCAUUCAUUUUCUAAUGA